AUUCAAUAUAGGGGGUAUGCCGCCCGUUCUAAAACAAAGUCAGGACAGGGCACAAUGGAAAUGCCUAAAUGGAAAUAUUUUAAUGCUAUGGCUUUCGUAGGCCGAGCCGAGGAUCACCAAACACAACCAACAAUUUCCAAUUUAAAUAUUGCCCAUGGUACCGAUAAUAAUAUUGAUAGCGACACCCCCACUACGUCAACACCACCAUUAUCUACCCCAACAAUUACCCGUCGCACACAACCCUCAAAUCAACAAUCGGCAGCAACACAAAUUGCAGAAACAAUGCGUGAUGCGGUUAAUGUAAUGAAAGAGCGUAAAGAAAAUGCAUCAGACCCAAAUACGUCUUUCGCUAAUUACAUUCUAAGCGAGUUUAAAAACUUUAAAUAG